UGAUACUCACACUCGCCAUGGCGGAUGGCGCGCCGCCCCCCGAGGAAGACUUCAAUGCUAUACCGAUACCCGACCGGCUCGCUCACAAGAACUGGAAGGCCCGAGUUAGCGCCUACGAGGCCCUAGUCAAGAUAUUCUCCACCACUGCGUCCGACUCCGAUCCUACUUUUAAGCCUUAUAACAACAACCCCGAUACCCUCAAGAAGAUCGCUACCGAUGCCAAUGCUGUUGCUCAGGAGAAGGGGCUGGAGUGUUUGGUCGCAUUCGUGAAAUACGCCGGGGAGAAUGCAGCUCGUACUCGGGAGGUGGUCGUACCUGCCUUGGUGGAUAAAUGCUUCGGGUCCGCACGCGCUGGGACGAAGAACCAGGCAGUAGAGCUGUCGCUGCAAUACGUGGAGGUCGAGAACGGUGCGGCAGGUGUUGUGGAGAACAUCCUGCCAGGGCUCGCCGCGAAGCAGCCCAAGACUGUUGCCGGAUGCGUGACUGCGUUGAAGGAGAUUGUUCGACAAUUCGGGACGACCGUCGUUCCUCCACCCCCAAUCCUGAAGGCUCUUCCCAAGAUCUUCGGGCACUCCGAUAAGACUGUGCGCGCAGAAGGCACCCAGCUCGUUCGCGUCAUGUACCAGUACAUCGGUCCGGCAAUCGAAACCUUUCUUAAUGACUUGAAGCCCGUCCAGGUGAAGGAGCUGAAGGAGGCGUUCGAGGAGAUGGAGAAGGAAGGAAAAGGCCGAGGGAGCUUGAAGCCCGAGAGGAUGACGCGACAGGGGGCGAGGGAGGCUGAGGCUGCCGCGGAGGCCGGGGGCGACGGAGAUGCGGAUGCUCCUCCUGAAGAAGAGGCUCCUCCUGAUCCUCGGAUGUUCGCGGAGGAGGUGGACAUCGUCCCGAAGAUGCCCGCCAACUUCCAGGCGUCCUUGAAAUCUUCGAAGUGGAAGGAUAGGAAAGAGGCUCUGGACGGCCUCUUGGCAGUCGUUAACGCGACGCCCCGUAUCAAGGAGGCUUCCGAACUAGGCGAACUUGCUCGGUCACUAGCGACCUGUGUGCAGAAGGAUGCGAACAUCAACUGUGUGAUGGUUGCGGCGAACUGUUUGGAAGGACUGGCCAAAGGUCUGAUGGGGCCUUUCGCGAAGUAUAGAGAGAGUGUCGUCCCCCCUAUGCUGGAACGGUUGAAGGAACGAAAGGCGAAUGUUACCGACGCCAUCGGCAAUGCCUUGGAUGCCGUGUUCGCUACGACUACUCUCACAGAUAUUCUUCCCGACACGCUUCCAGCUUUGAACUCGAAGAAUCCUCAGGUCAAGGAGGGUACUUUGAAAUUCAUAGCGAGAAGCUUGUCAAAUUCGCCUACUCCGCUUCCUGCACCCCAGAUUAAGCCUCUGUCUGAAGCCCUCGCCACUCUGUUGGAGGACUCUUUCGAAGGCGCCAGAAAUGAAGCCGCUGUUUGCCUGGGAACUUUGAUGAAGAUGGUCGGAGAGCGGCCGUUGAAUGCUCUGAUGGAUGGUCUCGCCGAUGUGAGGAAGGCAAAGGUCAAGGAGGCGUACGACAACGCCAAGGUGAAGGCCAAGGCUGGUUCCGGUGCUCCUGCGAAGCCCGCCGCGCCUCCUCCAAAGGAACCGCCGAAGAAGAAGGUGCCGCCCCCCAAGCAGGCACCGACUACGGAUUUGCCUGCCGUUCCCAGCGAGGACAAUCUCGCGCCUCCUGCGGAGAAUAAACCUGUCAAAAAGCCUCCCGCACGACUUAUGGCAAAGAAGCCCCCAACCUCCGGUGCAGCCGAGGGCGGCGCUGGAGCUCCCGCGGCGGCAGUCCCUGCCCCGAAGAAGCUUCCUCCCGCGGCAGCAGCAAAGCCAGCCAAGGGUGGUGCUGCGCCUGCUUCUGGUGCGCUGGACACCUUCAAAUUCAAGCACACGCCGGAAGACGCGGAGGCUCUGGCUGCUGAGGUCAUACCCGCCAAAUAUGCUACGGAGCUUGGUGACUCCAACUGGAAGGUUCGGUUGGCCGCUCUCGAGGAGAUGACCACCUGGGUGGAGGGUGCUGUUGAGGGGCUUGAUUCUGAGGUCGUCAUUCGCUUCCUAGCGAAGAAGGGCUGGAACGAGAAGAACUUCCAGGUAUCCACUAAGCUAUAUGGUAUUCUUGGCACCCUCGCCGAUCGCUGUCCAUCCUUCGGCAGAGCUUCCGCUGCUCUGUGCAUACCGCACUUGAGCGAGAAGCUGGGAGAUAUGAAGCUCAAGAAACCCGCUGGAGACACGCUCCUUUUAUUCGCAGAGAAGACUUCGUUGCAAUUCGUUCUUGGUCACGCGUACGAGCCGCUCUCCAAACAGAAGGCUCCGAAGGUUCUCGCCGAUGCUCUCACGUGGGUCGAGCAGGCUCUCGUGGAGUUCGGUAUAGCUGGCUUGUCUCUGCGCAGUCUCAUUGAGUUUCUCAAGACGGCGUUGAAGAAUUCAAACGCAGCCGUGCGAACUAACGCGACUAAGACACUCGUGACUGUCAGGCUCUUCGCUGGUUCAUCGAUUAAGGACCUUCUCGAGGAUCUCAACCCGCAACUCCUGGCGACCAUCUUUACCGAGUUCGACAAGGUGGAAGGCACUCCGGCGCCGGAGCCCGCUCGCAUGCAAGAGGAUCUCGCUGGUAUGGCUCCUGCCGGUGGCGCAGGGAGCAAGGCCGCUGCUUCUGGAGGCGAUCCGCUGGACGAUUUGUUCCCUCGGGUGGAAAUUGAUGGUCUACUCAAGGGUACGACGAUCCUCGCAGACGCGAAGAGCGAUGCGUGGAAGACGAAGAAGGAAGCUCUUGAGACACUUCAAGCGAUCUUAGAUCAAGGCGCAAACAAGCGAUUGAAACCUACCAUGGGUGAAAUCGCCCAGGUUCUAAAGGCUCGGGUGGUGGACGCGAACAAGCCGGUUCAGAUGCUAGCUCUAGAUAUCGUUGCGCGCAUCGCCACCGGUAUGGGCAAGCCCUUCGAGAAACACACGCGGUUUUUCGUCGUUCCUGUCGCCAGCGUCUUGUCCGACCAAAAGGCGCCUUGUCGAGCUGCAGCUUUGCAAACGCUUACGGCGAUUGUCAACGCAUGCGAGGGGUUUGAACCUAUAGUGGCCAAUGUCGGGACUGCGCUCGAAACGAACAACCCUCUGCAACGCGCAUCUAUGCUCGGCUGGCUUGUGGACUGGUUCAAGGAGCACGAGCUCCCGCCCGGCUUGGACCUGAGCAGCUGGGCUGGUCCCGUGGUCAGCUGUCUCGACGAUCGAAAUGCCGACGUAAGGAAGAGCGCGCAGGCACUGCUUCCCACCCUCAUUGCCAGCGCGGGCUACGAUUACGUCUUGAAUCAGACGAACUCGUUAAAGCCAGCUUCGAAAUCAACCGCCCUUCCAAUCAUACAAGCGGCUCGUGGGUCUUCACCCGCCGCUGCAAAAGGCGCACCUGCUCCUGCUGCCGUCAAAGCUGCGCCAGCUAAAGCCGUCCCGGCUGCUCCUCCCAAGGCUGCUUCCCCUCCCCCCACCGAACUUCCUUCUGCAGAGUCUAGCAAAGUCGCACCGCCAAGUAAGCUGGGUGGUGUACGGCGCAAGCUGCCUCAAGGCUCAAUUGCCCGUCCGGAGUCGCGCGCCGAGACCCCCACCGAGCCGGCGGUCACAUCCCGUCUUCCUGGCCCCGGCAAGCUUGGCGGUCUCAAGAGACCAGGAGCGCCUCUCAGCGGCCCUUCCAAGCCCGCUCCUGUCGAUGCUCCCGAUACUUCCUCCCUGAUCUUCACGAGCUCGAACCCCGAAACGAAGAGACUUCGACUAGCCAAGGAUGUCAACAAGUGGGUCAUCGAGUCUGGACCCAGCCGCAAAGACUUGGCAGAGCUACUACAGCACCAGAUGGAACCGCACGCCUCGAAGGAGCUACUCGCGCUUCUGUUCAGUCACGAUCACAAUGCCGUGAACGACCAUGUCAAUGGGCUGGGCUUGAUUCAGGACUUCUAUAGCAGCGCUCAAACAGGGGAUGACAAGCUGCAGUCAAUCUGCAUCGCCAAUUCUGACCUUGCACUGAAGUUCGUUUCAAUCAAGGUUCACGAACCGCAGUCGAAUCUGGUGCAGAAAUGUGUGGAGGUCGUAGACUCCGUUCUCACAUUCUUCCAAAGCGUAGACUACCAGCUCUCUGAUCAGGAAGCUUUGGUUUUCAUACCGACCAUCGUUCAUAAGUUGGGUGAUGCGCGGGAGCCCGUCCGCAUUCGCGUCUCACAAGUCGUCCAGAAGCUACCAAAGGUUUAUGCCUACAGUCGAGUGUUCCAGCUACUACUUGAGCACGGCCUGCAGUCAAAGGUCGCCAAAACCAGGCAAGGUACGCUGGACGAACUCGCCGGGGUGCUGAAGCGAUUCGGUAUUGGCGCAUGCGAACCUUCCAAGGCGUUCCCGAAAAUUGCAAGCAUGAUCUCCGACAAAGAUCCCGCUGUUCGCAAGUCUGCACUUGCUACGCUCAGCGAGGGCUAUGUGUUGGUGGGCGAGAAGAUCUGGGGUUUCGUCGGUAUGCUCUCUCCAAAAGACAAGACCCAGCUCGAGGAGAGAUUGCGUCGUGUGCCCGGAUCGAGCACUCCCGACAAAGUGGAUACUGCCUCGCUAGCGACUCAUGCAUCUCGAAUCGGCACCGGAAUCUCGAGGUCGGGAUCUCCAGCUCCUAGUGCGAUGUCUCGAAUAGGAGGCGUCGCACGACCUGCCAGUCCUGCUCUUGCAGCCCCCUCACGUCUUGCAAGACCUGCCUCUCCCUCGAACAUGGUUCGCUCCUCAUCUCCUGCGCCUUCUCAGAUCAGCAAACUUCCUGGACCUUCGCAUCUUGCAGGGCCCGGUUCCCCGAGCUCGCGGCCGAAGAGCCUACUACCUUCGCGAUUGGGUCCUCCGCGGUCACGACUCAAUGGCAUACCAGGUCCAUCCUCGCAUAGUGCGUUGCCCGCCCCCUCUGUCCAGUCGAGGUCUUCCUUGGACGACGGUUUCUCUUCCAACGCUCAUCGAGGUGGUAUCCUGAGCCGGCGCUCCAUCGAGGAGAAUCACGAUCAGCUGGAGAACACCUCGGAAGACAUCACGGUUACAAUCUCGAGCAUCCUGAGCAACGAUCCGACAAGGAGCGUAGAGGCAUUGAAGAAGAUCCAAAAGGUCCUCGAAGUGGGGCCGGAUAACGGACCAUCGUCCUCUGCCUAUCAAGAGUUGGCGGAGCACACAGAGGGCCUAAUCGAAACGAUCACCCUACAGAUGGCGCAUGUCUUUGAACGUCCAGAAGAUAUCACUCUUCCUGAGAACUUCCGUCUGGCGAAGCAUCUCAUUCAAACUCUCAAUGCGUUCUGCGAUCACGUCUUCCUUGCGGAGUCUCUGACAGUUGACAUCCUGACAUCGCUCUUGGAAGAGUUGACGCUUCGUCUCCUGCAGACGGACAACAGUCCGGAUGGCAAGGUGAAAGAUCUGUCACGCUUCAUCAACAUGAUCAUAUUGCGGCUGUUCGCCACGGGCAGGAGAAUGUCCAUUUUCCGUGCUCUGUUCGCUUUGCUGCUCCGGAUUGUUAAGCCAUUCCCGGCGAGUGGCACGAGUUCCGAUUCGCAGGAGGCCAAGGUUGCGGAGCUGGUUCUCAAGUGCGUUUGGAAGCUCGCUAGGAAUAUCCCGCAGGACCUCGAGAAGCAUAUCCUGGAUCCCGUGGAGCUAUUCCCUGCAGUGGAGCACUUCUUGCAGUCGGUGCCGCCAAACGAGUGGCGUGCUCGUGCGACCAACAAGGUCCCCUGCGGCGACAUGCCGUUGAGGACCAUCAAGGUCAUCAUUCAGCAUGUAGUCGCGCAAUACGGGGAUGACGUUUACGACCAUCUGUCGUCUGCCUUCGACGAUCCUUCCGCAACUAUUGUUUAUCCAUAUGUGUACCGCAUUCUGAAUUCGUCGACGAAGACUGCUGCCGAAGUUCCUCUGCGCCCCGAGCCCAUACGCGAAGAGCCAACGAGGCCAUCAACUGCUGCCAGCCGACCACUGUCGCCCCAAGAAACCGCUUCGACACAUUCCGUCACCUCCGACCCUCGUGCUCCUUCCUCUUCAAGUCAUUCUCGAAGUCGUUCCGUUGGCUCGACGGCGGAAACAGUACAAGAGCCGGACCUUGAUGAGCAGCUCAAUACCAUCAUCGACCAUAUAUCGAGCGAGACGACAGGCGCGAUGCACAAGGAGGGCAUCACCGAAUUACAUCAUUAUCUCAAGGCAUAUCCACACAAGAAGCCGAAGGUCGACAAGAUCUUGGAGUCGACUGGCAGUGCGUUCCGCAAGUACAUCACGCGUGCCUUGGCAAGUCGUGCGGCUGAGGAUGAGGAACGGAACGUGGCCGUCACCCAGACGCUGUCCAGACUCGAAUUCAAUGGAAACGGCAUCGGGCGAGAACGCACUGAGAGCAUAUCCAGUUUGCGCGAUUUGAACGGCCAUGGCACCGUCCCGACCUCUCCCGUGUCGGCGGCCGGUAGUCGGGCUGAGGUACCUUCGCCCCGAUCACCUCCUCGGUCGAGCAUUUCCGAGAUGCCUGAUGUACAGCAAGAGAAGCUAUCGCGAUUGCACGACAUCUUCCAGUAUAACAGGCAAAGCACAAUCAGCAACGGGUCCUCACAGGGUCGGUCGACGCCGUCUGUAAUCGCGAGCGUGCGAUCAGGGACGCAUUGAUCGAAGGAGAGUGUAUGAGGGAGCUGCUUCAGAGAUACUUUGGCAUCUGCAUAUCUGUAUACCAACCAUCGCAUCGCUUUCUUACAGUAGACAGGGAUAAU